UCUGCUUCAAACUAAGCGGACAUCUAUACUGUCUCAUGGCUAGUGGCUCAGAUCCGUGGAGCGACUUCCCCACAACUCGCAACUCCAUUUACACCAACACAGUCGACCGCUUGAAGCAAAUCUUGAACGGGCUCAACGAGGAGUGCUCGACCCACUUUUCCAAAUCCGGGAGAAAACAGGAUAUCAUCGAGCGCAUCCAAUCUACCAUGGACACUUGGAAAGCUAACAACAUGGCGGACAAAUAUUCCAAAGCGAGAGCUGUGAUCAACCAGGUUCGACAAUCUGGAACAUAUACGAGUUUCAGCACCACGCCCAUGAUGUCCCCCAUAUUGCCUCAGACAACCUAUCCAAAUGCUGCUGUACCAAAGCCACUCGUCGCAGCAACGUCCUUCGGAGCGAAUCUAAGUGCUAUCGGUCGAUACGACCCAUACGGACCUCCCCGAAAGCCUGCUGCCACACCCAGUGGGGCUGCUUCGAAACCAGCGUUGCGUUUCAAGGAAUCUCCGUUCUUUCAAGUGGAUCAGGCCGUUUCAUCUGUCGUAGAAUGUUUAGAAUCGUCCAGUGCUGUCGACCGACGGCAACAGUCCUUCACAUUCAACCUCACAAACGAUCAAAUAGUCAAGCUGAACUCGGAAAGCCCGAAAUAUCAAUUGCGGCUUUUCUGCACCUCUUCCACAUUCUAUAAUCCCACGCCCAGCUCGUUCCGUCCUCUCACCGGUCCAUGCUUGAUCGAGUUCCCGCCUACCUGCGAAGUUCGCGUCAACAAUGUGCAGAUUACGGCCAAUCUCAAGGGAAUGAAGAAAAAACCCGGAACAGCCCCUCCCCCCGACAUUGGCAAAUUUGCCAGAAUCACAACCGCUAGCAACAAGAUAGAGAUCGUCUAUGUGAAUAGCCAGCAACAACAACCGUCUCAGCCCAAGAAGUUUUAUCUCGUCGUCCAGUUGGUCAAGACGCGUACUGUAGAGUCCUUGAUUGUUGACUUGAAAAAAACAUCUUACAAGUCCAGUGAAGAGAUCAGAAGAGAAAUGCAGGCCGGGGUGUCAGAGGACGACGACAUCGUCGCUGGACCCCAGAAGAUGUCGCUCAAGUGUCCUUUGAGCUACGCGCGAGUCAGCACACCUUGCCGAUCCAGCAAGUGUCCACAUCCCCAGUGUUUCGACGCCGCGAUGUGGUAUUCUGUUAUGGAACAAACCUCGACAUGGCUUUGUCCUGUUUGUGAGCGAACGCUGGAACCUGCGGAGUUAAUUGUGGACGGCUACUUUGACGAAAUCCUCAAGUCAAGUCCAGACAGUGUAGAGGAUGUGAUCGUGGAGGCCGAUGGACAAUGGCACAGCUCGGAUAACAAGUACGGGUCGGCCGCCUGGAAAGCCGCUCACGGUCCGGUUCCUAAACCGGCCUCGCCCCGAAAAGCGGUAGCGGUGUCGCCGGCUAAAUCCUCAGCCGACAGAAAUUUGCGGCGCACGACCACUGAAAUUGUUGUGCUGGAUUCGGAUGACGAGGACGAAGGUCGGGUCAAAAGAGAGCUGUCCCCGUCCUUCGCCAGCUCGUCUUCUGCACACCGUUCCUCACCGCACGCGAAUGACGUCAUCGACCUGACGCUCGAUUCGGAUGAUGACGACGAAGCUCUUUCUAUAAGGACUGGCAUGAAAAGAGCAGCUUCUGCUGUAGGUUUAUCUGCAGAGCCAGCCUGGAAAAAAAGUAGAACAAGCAAUCUCGCUUUUGUGUCAACGCCACCCUCCUCCUCGAGUAGUGCCGAGUACAACAGGCUAUCAAGUUCCGGGUUCUCUCCGCGGCCAGCUCCCCUGGGCUCACCCGGUUUUGGUCUGACGCUGCCGCUGCCAGUCCAGUCGCUGCCUCGGUCAGGGAGCACGUCCAGUAGCCCCGUUCCUUUCCCCGUUCCUAGGCGAUGGUAGCCGUUGUAUGUAAUCUACAUCUCCAGUGUUUCGUAGCACGAUAAUAUAAGCAUUAUUCGUUGAUAA